AUGCGAAUUUGUGCUAAUUCUACUACGGUAAAAUUAUCUUUAAUAAUCAGUAUACGUUCGUCCAAUGGUAUUACAAAUGAUGAUAAUAACGUUCGAAUGACACAAGAGAUUGAAAACGCAGAAUCACUGUCUCUUCGUAAUGCCUCUCGUUUAACCAACAUUGAAGGUGCACUCAACAAUUUAAUAUCAUAUGUUAACACUCUCAGUGAAGACGUUGCUUCUGUUACUGCUCAGCUGAAAUCGUUAUCAAAAAACGUUAAGAUUAUCCAGGAUUAUAUCGUACCGAGAGUUCCAACAGAUAUAGUAGCAAUACCUCUUUCUUUAUGCAGUUCAGCUGCUAGUUCAUCUCCAGCUACAAUGCUAGCAAAAAAAGUUUUGAUGUUUAAAGAUACAAAUUUAAUGAAAUUAAAACAUGAUUUUACUUCCAUUCGAUCAUUCUUACGAGAAAUGACAAUAUAUACACGUGGUGAAAUAUUAGCUAAUAAACAUUUAGAUGAUAAAGAAGAUCGAUAUAUGACUAUAAUAGACGGUCUAAAAAAUGGUUUUGUUCUAAGUGAAGAAACAAUGAAUGCUUUAUAUCCGUCGUUAAAAGAAGCUCGAAAUCAAUUGACGAAGGAUGUACGUUAUUUGUUAUGA